AUGACUGAGUGGGAUGAUUGUGCUACGAUGAUUGAUAUCAUCCUCUCUGAUAUGUAUUUGAAAACGGUUACGACUAAAAGGGUAAGAAUAGCUUUAAAAGACGUGUUUAUGAUUGACGUCGAAUCACAGGGGAAAGCCAUUAAUGAGUUAAUAAGAAAGCGCUUGGAUCUUAUAAAAGCAACACCCCCCCCUGAAAGGUCCCUCGAAGAUUUAUUGAAGGAAAAUGCUACUUUGGCAAUGAAACUCACCAAGGAAUUAAGUGUAAACAAAAAAUCAUUAGAAGAAGAAGAAGAAGAAGAAGAAGAAGAAGAAGAUAAAGAUAGCGCAGUUAGGCAAAAGGAUGUUCAAGAGAGAAAAUCCAUGCCUAAAAAGCCGCUUAUCUCUACACGAAAAGUUACAUUGUCGGAACCAUUGGCGGAUUUGUUAGGAGAGGCCCAAUUAACUAGAACGGAUGUUGUACGAAGAAUUUGGGCAUAUAUUAAAGAGCAUAACCUACAAAAUCCGAAUAAUGGAAAAGAAAUACUAAGUGACGAAAAAUUGGAGUUAAUAUUCGGUAAAAGUACUGAUAUGUUUCAGAUGCACAAACUUCUGGUAAAGCAUAUGACAGACCCUGAUAAAACAAGCGAUUGUUCCGAAGCAAUCAGCAAAACUGAAAAGCCCAGCGCUUCAGAGCAAUCCGAUACAGAAGGACAUCAAUACGACAAAAAUGGGAGCUAG